GCAACGAUGGCUUUUGCGAAAUGUUCGGCUACUCCAGGGUAGAGAUCAUGCAGAAACCGGGCACCUGUGACUUUCUGACCGGACCAGCCACACCGGAGAGUGCAAUGGCACAGCUGGCACAAGCCCUACUUGGAUCAGAGGAGAUGAAAGUAGAACUGCUGUAUUACAGGAAGGAUGGCUCCUCCCUGCCGUGUCUGGUGGAUGUUGUCCCUGUGAAGAACGAGGACGGGGCUGUUGCCAUGUUCAUCAUGAACUUCGAGGAGCUGAAAGGCACUGCCCACAGGUCGGGAAGAGGGAACACAAACCACAGGCUGACCCAGGACUGGUUCCGUUCCAGUCGUGGUAAGAGUUUUAAGCUAAAGCUUCCAUCUCUUCGUACGAUGACCUUAAGUCAACAGUCUCUGGCCAAGGAGGGUUUUGAUGCAGUGAUGGAUGACCAGUCUGACCGGGAUUCCUUAGCCAUGAAGGAUUUCCGAGGCCCUUUGAGUGAGAAUCCCAUGCAGCCUGAACAGGAAGCACUGAUUGAACUGUGCGAUAAAUCAGCCAUCCAGACUGUCCCUGAACCCGUAGGCAACUCCCCCCCCACCAAGGAACAGGAGCGGUGGGAAUCACAUCUCCAUUGCACCAACAACAAACUGAUCCAUGCCCAAUCCCAGGACAGUUUCCACAGCAUCAGACGAGCCUCUUCCGUGGACAACAUUGAGCAGAUGAGAAGUAAAUUUGAGAAGAAGCUCAGGGAGAAAAGAAUAAAUUCAGGGGGCUCGAAAAGCUUGAAGCCACACCUCCUGAACUCCACGUCGGACUCAGAUUUGAUGAAGUAUCGCGCCAUCAGCAGGAUCCCACAGAUUACCCUCAACUUCGUGGAUUUUAACCCUGAUGUCAUCCUGACACCGUCACCCACCGAGAUCGAGAUCAUCGCACCCAGCAAAGUGAAAGAGAGAACUCAGAAUGUCACGGAGAAAGUCACACAGGUCCUCUCACUUGGAGCUGAUGUGCUUCCUGAGUACAAGCUGCAGGCCCCUCGCAUUCAUAAGUGGACAAUUCUGCACUAUAGCCCGUUCAAGGCGGUUUGGGACUGGCUCAUCCUCCUGUUGGUCAUACACACUGCCAUCUUCACCCCUUAUUCUGCAGCCUUCCUGCUAAAUGAUCAGGAAGAGGAGAAGCGUCUGGAAUGUGGCUACUCAUGCAACCCCCUGGCUGUCGUGGACCUGAUUGUCGACAUCAUGUUCAUCAUCGACAUCAUCAUCAACUUCCGCACCACCUACGUCAACGAGAACGAUGAGGUGGUGAGUCACCCAGCCAAGAUCGCCAUCCACUACUUCAAGGGCUGGUUCCUCAUCGACAUCGUGGCUGCCAUUCCAUUUGAUCUUCUCAUCUUCAGGUCUGGGUCUGACGAGACUACGACGCUCAUUGGGCUCUUGAAAACAGCUCGCCUCCUACGGCUGGUCCGAGUUGCUCGCAAGCUAGAUCGCUACUCGGAGUAUGGGGCUGCAGUGCUCUUUCUGCUCAUGUGCACCUUUGCUCUCAUUGCCCACUGGCUGGCAUGUAUCUGGUAUGCCAUUGGCAACGUGGAGAGACUCUAUAUGGUUCACAAGAUAGGAUGGCUGGACAAUCUAGGAGAUCAGAUCGGAAAGCGAUAUAAUAACAGUGAUGCCUUGUCUGGACCGUCCAUUAAAGACAAGUAUGUGACCGCUCUUUACUUCACAUUCAGCAGCCUCACCAGUGUCGGAUUUGGGAAUGUUUCUCCCAACACCAAUUCUGAGAAAAUCUUCUCCAUCUGUGUCAUGUUGAUUGGAUCUCUGAUGUAUGCCAGUAUUUUUGGGAAUGUCUCUGCGAUCAUCCAGCGAUUAUACUCCGGCACCGCCCGCUACCACACACAGAUGCUCCGAGUGAAAGAAUUUAUCCGCUUCCAUCAGAUUCCCAACCCACUACGGCAAAGACUGGAGGAAUAUUUCCAGCAUGCCUGGUCAUACACCAAUGGGAUUGACAUGAAUGCGGUGCUGAAAGGUUUCCCAGAAUGCCUGCAGGCUGACAUUUGCCUCCACUUGAACAGGAGCCUCCUCCAGAACUGUAAAGUCUUCAGGGGGGCAAGCCCUGGCUGCCUGCGGGCCCUGGCAAUGAAGUUCAAGACCACACAUGCUCCACCUGGUGACACACUGGUCCACUAUGGCGACGUAUUGACUGCUCUCUACUUCAUAUCCCGUGGCUCUAUUGAGAUCCUGCGCAAUGACGUGGUGGUGGCUAUCCUGGGGAAGAAUGACACGUUUGGGGAACCAAUCAGCCUUUAUGCCAGGCCAGGGAAGUCUAACUCUGAUGUACGGGCUCUAACAUACUGUGAUUUACAUCGUAUCCUGCGAGAUGAUCUCCUGGAGGUUCUCGACAUGUACCCCGAUUUCUCCAAUAACUUCUGGACCAAUUUGGAGAUCACGUUCAAUCUCAGAGAUGCAGAUCGGAUUCUCCGCUCACCCCCAAGUGAGGAUUCAGACAAUGGGAAUAGAAGAGUUCGGCGGAGGAAGCAAUCUUUCCGGGAAAGGAGUAACACUGAUGCUUUGAAUAAAGGAGAUCCUGAUGGAGCCAAGGUCCCACUAACAAACCACCGGACUCACACAACCAGGGAGCACUGGGACUACAGCAGCAUGACACCCCGCUCACAGACCAGUGAGGACAACCUCAAAGCUUCAGCCUCCAGUGUUACUGAGAUGAAUAGCAGAGGGCCAGCAACCAAUCUGAACUUUGUUACAUCUGACCCGGUCCCCAUGGAGUACAGGAAAAAAGGCAAUGGAUCCCAUCACUUUACAGGUACUUUUACAAGUGUGUCAAAUAUGUUCAGUUUCUGGGGUGAGAGAAAGGACAGCCAGUUUUCAGAGUUACAAGAACGUUCAAUGUCAGCCCAUGCUAACUUGGGGGCAGCAUCCAGCAUGGAUGACAGGGCGCGGAUGGAGGUGGAAUCUCGGCUGGAGAUGCUCCAUGCACAGCUUAACAGAUUGGAGACCAGGAUGACAGCUGAUAUCAACAUCGUCUUGCAGCUCCUGCAGCGUCAGGCAGUCCCUGUACCUGUUCCCCCAGCUUACAGUGCUGUGUCACCAACAUCUCAUCCCAUUGAUAUGUACUCUCCACUGUCGGCAGAACCUAAAGUGUUGUCCUCUACUCAACCUGCAACUCCACUUUCAGCAGCUCCUCUGGAGACUCCUUACUACUCCAUGGCAGAGAAACCACAGGAGAAAUCCCAGGAAUCCUUGACUGGUGGAGCCCUGCUGAUGAUGGCACCAGACCAAAGUCUGACCCUCAACCUUCCACCAGGUCAACAAACCUCCCCUCCUCUGGCAGCAACUUUUCCCUCAUCCCCUUGCUUUAGCCCAUCUCGCUUUCCUUCUCUCCCAGAGCAUUUGGAAAGCUCCAGCACAGAUACAGACAUUAAGAGACAUGUGUCAGACCCAGUCCUGCCAGGCAGUUAAGGCCUCAUCGCGACUUGGCAGGAACAUUACUUCGCUCCGUCCUGUUUUUGCAGAGAACAGUGCUGCCUCGGGGGACCAUCCUGGACUUGGUUUUAAGCCGCAACUGGGAAAUCUGGCAGGAUUGUUUUGCGCAGCCUGCUGCACAAUCUCAAACAAUUCUGGUUAUGUACGAAUUAGACAAGACAAAGCAGAAACAGAGCAAACCCAUCAGCUUGUCAUCAAUUUUAUCACUUUAAAGUAUUCAUCAUUAUCCACAGGAAAUGAAAGCAAAAGCCAUUCAGUGAACCAUCUCAGGAUAUACCAAAAACAUUGUCCGCACAGGUCUGAGUAUAGAUGGCAACAGUUUUCAAUGGAUUAGGCAACAAUGGAACAAUGAAACAAUGAAAAGUGGUACAUUGGAGCUUUACUCCAUCUAACCCUGCGUGGUACCUGCACUGGACGUGUUUGCUAGACACUGUGUUGAGGGAGCUUUACUUUGUAUUUAACCCUGCACUGUACCCUCCCUUGGACUGUUUGACGGGGAGUGUAGUGGAGUUCUCUAUAACCCUGGAUUGUAAAUUGAAUUUUCCUCUCCAUUUGUGCUGGAAGGGUCAUCUUUACCUUAGAGAAUACGUAAAACAGGCUGUAGUGA